AUGGAUCAGAUAGCGUUGGCAAUGGCUUCAACAACGACAACAGCAGCUAUGACUGCGAUGACUUCAGCUUCCAGCAGAGCAACCGGGAUGGAUAUGGGUGGUAGUUGCAAGAUCUCUAUGCUUUGGAACUGGAACACUAUCGACGCAUGUUUCAUCGCGAGCUCAUGGCGAAUAACUUCUCACGGCAUGUUUGCCGGAUCCUGCAUUGGCGUCAUCCUCCUCGUCAUGUGUCUCGAGUUUCUUCGUCGACUGUCCAAAGAAUACGAUCGUUAUAUUUUGGAAUGCUUCAAACGUGAUAUCAGCAAGGAAGAUGGAUCGUCAUAUAAACGGACACAAGUACGAACGAUUGCGACCACGACAACGACAAGGACGAUGACGAACGGAAACAAUACUUGCGAUUCCAAUACCGAUGACAGCAUCAACAAUGGUUAUCAACAACAACAACACAAGCAUGAUGCAGCUAUUGCUAACACUGUGGCCGCCUCUGUUCCUGUUCCCGCUAUUAUUCCUCCUUCAAAUGUCCGAUUCCGUCCAACCCUAGUCCAACAAAGCAUUCGCGCACUGUUGCAUAUGGUUACCUUUGCGGUUGCGUAUUUCGUGAUGCUACUAGCAAUGUAUUAUAAUGGGUAUUUCAUUAUCUGUAUCUUUAUUGGCGCCUAUCUAGGAGCUUUUGCGUUUACAUGGGAAAGUAUCAAUAUUUCAACCGGCGUAGUCUCUGUUAUUUGUCACUAA